UAUGCUGUACCUGAUCAAACCCUGAAGAACAAUUUAUCAUAUCAAUUUAUCAUGUCCCAGUACAGGAAAUACAAAACAACAGAUCAGCAAUUGUGCAAAGCUAGGGAAGAAAUGGAAUUUAUGGCAAACACAUACUUAUGCUACCAAAGUUCUCGAUUAUCUCAUGAAAUCCAGGCAGAAUUUCAUGGUAAAGGUGAAAGAACAGUAGAUGAGACAGCAAGAAUGGUGGGAUUCAAAUUGCCUCACGAUCCUAAGUGAAUAUAUGUAAGAAAUAAGACAUACUGUAUCA